AAACAGUCCCUGUGAGGGCUCUGGAGACAGGGAGGAGACCGAGCUGCCCACAACCGGGUUGGGUUGCGGCUCCACACAGCUGCUGACCCUGUCCUUCCCACCUCUGCACAGCGAGAAACAGGCCUUGGUGAUGCUGGAGGCCCCGCCCCUGGUGCUGGUCGCUGUCUCUGUGAGCCUGGCCCUGCUGGCGCUUGUGGCACUGCUGGUGCUGCGCUUCUGGGGCUUCUGUGUCAUCUCCUGGAACGUGUUUGUCCAGGAGCCCGUGUACAACCUGCUCAUGGGGGACACCAAGGAACAGCGCAUUCUGCGCCAUGUACUGCAGCAUGCGGAGGCCGGGAACCCGCAGAGCGUGCUAGAGGCCAUCGACACCUACUGCUCGCAGAAGGAAUGGGCCAUGAACGUGGGUGACAAGAAAGGCCAGAUUGUGGACACUGUGGUACAGGAGUACCAGCCCUCCGUGCUGCUGGAGCUGGGGGCAUACUGCGGUUACUCGGCCGUGCGCAUGGCUCGCCUACUGUCACCCGGUGCCAGGCUGAUCACCAUCGAGCUCAACCCGGACUAUGCUGCCAUCACCCAGCAAAUGGUGGAGUUUGCAGGCCUGCAGGACAGGGUAACUGUUGUGAUUGGGGCAUCCCAGGAUGUCAUCCCCCAGCUGAAGAAGAAAUAUGAUGUGGACACACUGGACAUGGUCUUCCUUGACCACUGGAAGGACCGAUACCUGCCAGACACACUCCUCCUCGAGGAAUAUGGCUUAUUGCGGAAAGGGACAGUGCUGCUGGCUGACAACGUGAUCUGCCCAGGCACGCCAGACUUCCUGGCACAUGUGCGUGGAAGUGACCGCUUCGAGUGCACACACUACUCCUCGUACCUGGAGUAUGCCAAGGUGGUGGACGGCCUGGAGAAGGCCAUCUACGUGGGCCCAGGAAGCCCAACACAGCCUUGACUGCCUACUCUGCUCUGGCUCCCUUGCCAACUGUGGUUCUGACAGUUGCAGUGGGUGCUUCUACUAAUCACACUUCUGCAGUUCUGGGGUCUGGACCCUGCCCAAAGCUCCAGACUGUUCUUUUUUAACACUCAUGACCUCUUUACUAAAAUCUAUUAGCUGUAAUCUUCUUACAAGCCAGUAUCAUGUUUUACAAUAUAAAAAUUAAAGAUCUAAAUGUUUAGAUAUAAGAAA